GGGCGCAGCGGUCCGCGGCCGUCCAAGGGCUCGGGGGGCGCCGUCUUGGGCCCCUGCCGGUACCGCUGCAUCGAGUGCAACGAGGAGGCGCGGGAGCUGUACCGGGACUACCGCCACGGCGUUCUGAAGAUCACCAUCUGCAAAUCCUGCCAAAAACCUGUAGACAAAUACAUUGAGUAUGAUCCUGUUAUCAUCUUGAUCAAUGCUAUUUUGUGCAAAGCCCAGGCCUACAGACAUAUACUUUUCAAUACCAAAAUAAAUAUCCAUGGAAAACUCUGCAUGUUUUGCUUGCUUUGCGAAGCAUACCUGAGGUGGUGGCAGCUUCAAGAUUCAACACAGAACACUGCUCCUGAUGACUUGAUCAGAUACGCCAAAGAAUGGGACUUCUAUCGGAUGUUUGCCAUUGCUUCUUUAGAACAGACUGCCUUUUUCAUUGGCAUUUUUACUUUCCUGUGGGCAGAACGACCCAGGACAUCAAAGAGAAAGCCCCACUUUAUUUUGUUGCUUAAAGCGCUGCUGUUGUCAAGCUACGGGAAGCUCCUGCUGAUCCCGGCUGUCAUCUGGGAGCAUGACUACACUCCUCUGUGCCUCAAGCUCAUCAAAGUGUUUGUGCUGACAUCAAACUUCCAGGCGGUCAGAGUGGCCCUGAGCAUCAACCGGAAGCUGUCCCUGCUGGCCAUCCUGAGUGGCUUACUGCUGGAGAGCUCCACAGUGUGCCUCUUCCAGAGGCUGGAGUGGGACGUCAGCAGCGACUGCGCCAUCUAUAAGUCCCAGGACUUCUGAAGGUCUGCUCUCCAGCACCGCUGCGGCCCCAGGAGCCACACCGGGCGACUGCACUCCUGCUUACUGGUGCCUGCCCAUCCGCGGCAGCUGUGUUCCCAGGAUCUGCCUGGACCAACUCAAUGCUGGCAUUUUGUCCCAUUUCACAAGUGUUUCUACUUGUCACUGUCAGUAUGAUUCACAGUUGGGAAAGCCCUGUCCUGUGGUAUGUCAUUUCCCAUCUGCACCCAUGCUCCUGCUGCCCUGCCCUCUCUCGGGAUGCUCUGGGAGGCCCUGUGGCAGCCCCUCCCGGACUGUCAGCCGCACGUGCCUUUCCAGGACCCCUCCUCUGCCAUCUGUGGAAGGCAGGACCGAAGCCAAGCUCUGUCCUGAUGAGCAAGUGAAGCAAAGAUAAAAGGCGGAGAUGUGGAGUAGAAGCCCUCGUACCCCAGCCCACCGGCCAAAAGGUCUACUCCUGAGCCCCACACAGGGCAAGGUUUCAUCCCUUGGAGUGGUCAUGUCUUUUCAAUUGAAAGUUAAGUUACUGGCUUAAAAUGAUGAUAUUUUGUGUUUUUGAAACAGCAGAAACACUUUCCUCUUAAUAAAGUCUUUCAACUGAAUUUUUAAAA